AUGGACAAGGGGGAUGGAACCCUGAAGUACAUUCUAACCGGGGACGGGGCUGGAGACAUAUUUACCAUUGAUGAAAACAAUGGUGACCUCCAUGCCAAUAAGAGACUGGACAGAGAGGAGAAGGCCUUCUAUUCCCUCCGAGCCACAGUAGUCAACAAGAACACAGGCCUGAAACUGGAGCCAGAGACAGAGUUCAUCGUUAAACUUCACGAUAUCAAUGACAAUGAGCCUAAAUUCGGCAAGGAACUUUACACUGCCAGUGUACCUGAGAGGUCCAAUAAAGGUAUGUGCUCUUUCACUUUAAUUUGACUUUUGACAUGUCAAGGUCAUGACCUUUCAAUUUACGUUUUAACCUUUGAUGAUUAAAGAUCAGUAAGAUUUCAAGGUCAGUGGUGCCUUAAAGUGUCAAAUAUUUUGUUUGCUUUGUUUUUUAACCAUGAAUGGAUUUGACAGUUGAUGUGAGUUCAUAUUCAUCCUCAGCUAUUAACAAAUCCUUUUAUCUUCCAUUCUCAGGUACUUCAGUCACCCAGGUAACAGCCACGGAUGCAGAUGACAGCAUGUACGGGAACAGCGCUAAACUGCGAUACAGCAUCAGCCAGGGGCAUCCAUACUUCUCAGUGGACCCAAGCACAGGUCUGUCUGUCCAUCUGUUUUUGUGUUUGUUUGAACCACCAGCAAUACUCUUUCAUUCCUCAAAGCAAUUAUUACUACAAUGAAGAGAGAGAGGAGACGGUAAUGUCAUGUUCAGAGUCAGACUGCCAGAGCCAUUGCUAUUCUCUCAGUCCCCUGUGCAUUUUCCAAAGUACACUGAAACAUUUCUAAUGUGCACUCUGGGACAUCCCAUUGCUGGUUCUGUGUUUAAACAAAUGGAAACAAUAAAAAGCCUCCAACUGGCAGAUUAUUGUGUGGCUUAACAACGAUAUGGUUUAUCCCUGAUGUGACAUGGAAGAUGAUGUCCCAGUCACACCAGAGAACAUGAAAUCCUAAGAGCUUUGGAAAAAAUAGAUGUUUCUGAGGGUUUAUCUGAAAACAGUCAUAUUUUAGAUGAUAGAACCCAUUCACAGAAGCAAAACAAGCAAGGCCAGAUGGUAUUGUGUGCUAUAUUAUGGAAGGUCAGUCAUUUUUUACUGUUCCAUAAAAAUAAUUAGGUUACAUACCAGUAUUAAAUGUUUCUCGUUAAAUCCAAGCAUGUGGUCUUAGCAAUGUGAAACUGUUUUUAUUUUCUGAUGUGGUGACCAUUUCUUUGCAAGAGGUGCUUCUUUCUUAGAACAGUUAUUAGUUACAUUAUUCCCAUUGGUAGUUGUAACUAUAGUAGUUGCUGAUACAGUAUUUAAAUAAAGGACACGUACAUAAAUUAGGUCACUCUAACUAUACCCACAUCACUUAAAUAUGUUUGACAUGGUGGCACCAUGAGCAAUCCCUACAGGUACAGAGAAGGAGAAAUGUGCUUAGCUAACUCAUUAACUAUACAUCUCAUUAUAUUAUAUGACACAUUAAUAUUGUAUUCCUCUGGUUUGUCCUCAGGCAUCAUCAGGACAGCCCUGGGGCCUGGAGAGAUGGACCGGGAGAAGCGGGAGCACUACCAGGUGGUGAUUGAGGCCAAGGACAUGGCGGGCCAGAGGGGAGGCUUAACCGGGACCACCACGGUCAAUAUCACCCUGACCGACGUCAACGACAACCCCCCACGCUUCUCCCAGAGUGAGUAGAAGGCUAAGAGUGAGGUUCAAUGACUGGUAUUAUACUGGUAGUUGAAGUAUUCAUAGUAGUCCUAGUAUAAGUGCUAGUGUCAGUGUACUGUGUGUGUGAGUGUGUCCAUCUUAUAUAGGGUUAGCUGUGAUUAAACUGCAAUGCCGGGUCCCACAAAGUGAAUCAGCUUGAUAAUCCUGAUUAGAUGAGCAGCGUAAUACUGAGUGUCUCUCUCACACGCUCUCAGACGCUGUCACGUUCUCACGCUCUCACACACAAAUGAGAAACAUCCCGGAAUCUGUUUGACUUUGACAGAUUGCUUUAGUCAUUACUAUUCUGUUGAAGUCCUGUGGUUGGAUGAUGGAAACUAAAGGGGGAAAAAAACUUCUGAUCCACUCCACAAACACAGUGUGACAUAUGCCUUCUCACAUCUCUCUCGCCACCUUGUCAGUUGAUGACACCUUACAGCAGGAGGCUUACACCACCAGUCAGCACCAUGCUAGGUGGAAACAGACACUGUUUAAUUGGUCACCAUGAGCACAAGGUUAAUUCACCACUAGCACUGCUGCAGGGCAAUGAUACAGGCUCACAGGCUCCCUAACAAUCUGAAUUGUUAAAUGUGUUAGCAUCAGAAACAUGGAAGUGUUGAGGAGAAGCUGGCACAGAAAAACACUCACUCACCGUGCCAGAGGAAGACAAACAACCUCUUCUAUUUGUGACAAGCUUAUGCAAUUCUGUCUCAUGUUUCCAGGCAGGUUCCCUCGACUAACCGGUGCCCCCGCACAUUAACUCGGUACCGGUACCCACUGUAUAUAGCCUCGCUAUUGUUAUUUUUACUGCUGCUCUUUAAUUAUUUGUUACUUUUAUUUCGUAUUUUUUAUAUUGUAUUUUUUUGUGUGAUUUCUUUUGGUAUUCUUUCUAAAAACUGCAUUGUUGGUUAAGGGCUUGUAAGUAAGCAUUUCACUGUAAGGUCUACACCUGUUGUAUUCAGCGCAUGUGACAAAUACAUUGAUUUGAUUUUGUCCUGGCUCCGUUUCUUUAAAACACUUUCCUUAUACUUUCCAACAUAAUUAGUAACACAAAUGGUGAAAUGGGAGUGAAUGCUACAAAUAGAAAUAGUCUAAUAUGAAGUAUCUCAAAGUUCAUUUGAUAGAACAUCCAUUGAUUUAAAUACAGUAUGUGUGUCUGUUUGUGAUUCCAGGUAUAUAUCAGCUCAGCGUUCCAGAGUCUAUAAUUACUGGAACCCCAGUUGGGAGAAUCACAGCAGUGGAUAAAGACCUUGGGAAGAAUGCAGAGAUGUACUACAACAUUGUCAGCGGGGACGGCUUGGACAUGUUCAACAUCAUCACGGACAAAGACUCACAGGAAGGCAUCAUUACUGUUCUAAAGGUAACAUCCAUUAUUCCUGUGAAUGACAAAGAUAGUCAGCCAAAACUAUAGGGCAUAUACAGUGCAUUCGGAAAGUAUUCAGACCCCUUGACUUUUUCCACAUUUUGUUACAUUACAACCUUAUUCUGAAAUGGAUAAAAUAGUUUUUUCCCCUCAUCAAUCUGCACACAAUACCCCAUUAUGACAAAGCAAAAAUAGGUUUUUAGAAAUUUUUGCAAAUGUAUAAAAUUAAAAAAAACGUCAAAAUACAUUUACAUAAAUGUUCAGACCCUUUGUCAGCGAUUACAGCCUCGAGUCUUCUUGGGUAUGACGCUACAAGCUUGGCAAACCUGUAUUUGGGGAGUUUUUCCAUUCUUCUCAACAGAUCCUCUCACGCUCUGUCAGGUUAGAUGGGGAGCGUCGCUGCACAGCUAUCUUCAGGUCUAUCCUGAGAUGUUUGAUCGUGUUCAAGUCUGGGCUCUGGCAGGGCCACUCAAAGACAUUCAGAGACUUGUCCCGAAGCCACUCCUGCAUUGUCUUGGCUGUGUGCUUAGGGUCGUUGUCCUGUUGGAAGGUGAACCUUCGCCCCAGUCUGAGGUCCCGAGUGCUCUGAAGCAAGUUUUCAUCAAGGAUCUCUCUGUACUUUGCUCCGUUCAUCUUUCCCUCAAUCAUGACUAGUCUCCCAGUCCCUACCGCUGAAAAACAUCCCCACAGCAUGAUGCUGCCACCACCAUGCUUCACCGUAGGGAUGGUGCCAUGAUUCCUCCAGAUGUGACGCUUGGCAUUCAGGCCAAAGAGUUCAAUCUUGGUUUCAUCAGACCAGAGCAUCUUGUUUCUUAUGGUCUGAGAUUCUUUAGGUGCCUUUUGUCAAACCCCAAGCGGGCUGUCAUGUGCCUUUUACUGAGGGGUGGCUUCCGUCUGGCCACUCUACAAUAAAGGCCUGAUUGGUGGAGUGCUGCAGAGAUGGUUGUCCUUCUGGAAGGUUCUCCCAUCUCCACAGAGGAACUCUGGAACUCUUUCAGAGUGACCAUCGGGUUCUUGGUCCCUGACCAAGGCCCUUCUUCCCCGAUUGCUCAGUUUGGCCGGGCAGCCAGCUUUAGGAAGGGUCUUGGUGGUUCCAAACUUCUUCCAUUUAAGAAUGAUGGAGGCCACUGUGUUCUUGGGGACCUUCAAUGCUGCAGAAAUGUUUUGGUACCCUUCCCCAGAUCUGUGCCUCGACACAAUCCUGUCUUGGGAAUUGUUACUGAAAACGUAUGUAAAUUAGGUAUUUCUGUUUUUUAUAUUUAAUAAAUUAGCAAAAAAAUCUAAAAGCCUGUUUUCGCUUUGUCAUUAUGGGGUACUGUGUGUAGAUUGAUGCGAAAAAAUAACAAUUUAAUUCAUUUUAGAAUAUGGCUGUAAUUUAACAAAAUGUGGAAAAUGUGAAGGGGUCUGAAUACAUAAUAAGGCACUGUAUACCCUAUUAUCAGCUCCUGAUAGACCUGAGGUCAUUAGACCAUCAGAAACAAUAUUAUCUUCCAUUGUAUGAAGGCAAUACUUCAAAAUACAUUGGUACUGCAUCAGUACAGAACAUGAGCCAUCUACUAUGUUCUAUUGUGUCCCUGUCCCUGCAGCCGUUGGACUAUGAAAAGACCCGAUCCUACACACUGGAGAUCCAGGUACAGAACACUCAGACCUUGGACACUCGCUUCCUUGGGUACCUACCCACCAAGGACAUGGCCACAGUCAGGAUCGGUAUAGAGGAUGUGGAUGAACCUCCUCUGUUUGAGAGAGCCAGCUACGUGAUCGAGGUGAAGGAGGACGCAGCCAUGGGUACUGCGGUAGGGUCUGUCAGGGCUAUGGACCCGGAUGGAUACAACAGUCCAGUCAGGUUAGUUAUAGCACUGCUUUGCUUUCCCUCCAGCCCACCCACUCAGUUCUCCUGUUCCUACCACCCACACCAAGGUUAUGGGGAGAUUGGUUAUAAUAAUAAUUUGUAUGAGGGGUCAUUUUGUUAGUGUUAAAGGUUGUGUUACAGUAUUUUUUUUAAUGUAGAAUGAUUAGAGUUGAAUCGGCCAUCUCAUUAAAUUUGGAGUCGAGAAUACGUUGUGUCCAUAGAAAGACUAAGGUGUGAAGGACAAGGUGUGUGUUUUGCUCAUCUCCACACACACGCACAAACUUUUUAGUGAGUUCUUAUCAAUGUCCAAAGUCCCUUAAUUACCACUCCUCAUGGAAAUACACUGAAAGGGCAUUCCAGGAUACAUUUAAUUAGAUCAUUGCGUAAUCCGCUGGAUGAUCAAACUGAUAGGGCUGGUCUGUUCUGUUCUGUGCCUCUGUUCAGGGUUGUUUUCCCUCCAGGCCAGUCAGGGUAAAGAAGAGAGGAAUGAAAAUAGAGUGAUAUAAGUCCCAUUGUCUGUUUAGGGCAGAUCCUCAGAGUGUGCAGUAUUCAGAUUAAUCUCGUGAAUACACAGAGAGGGCAGGAAAGCUAUGAAUGGAUUUAAAAAGUAUGAGACUAAUUCCGUGCAAAAGGGUUGUCAAGUACAGCAAUAGAGGUUGUAGGGGAAUGGAAGAAAAUAGUCCAUGCUUUUAUUCGAUCUUAUAUCAAUAUUUUACAGGUACUCCAUUGAUCGUCGUACUGAUCUAGACAGGCUUUUCAACGUGCAUUCUGGGAAUGGGUCCAUAUUUAUCAUAAGACCUCUUGACCGAGAAGAAGCUGCCUGGCACAACAUUUCUGUUAUCGCAACAGAGUUCAGUAAGUCUUUCUCAGGCAACUUUAUCAUGCACAUGAAUUCACAAUACAAACAAUUCUACCAAGGCUAUGGAGUUCAAUGAUUAUAUUCUGUCCUUUGUUAAAACAUCAAAAAACUAAAAUUACACAUAAUUAUUUAUUACAGUUAUUAUACAUAAUUGUUGUGAUGUGUAUGUUUUCUACACACAGACAAACCUCUGCAGACCAGUCGGGUGCCUGUUUAUAUCCGUCUUCUAGAUGUCAACGACAACGCACCCACGUUCGCCUCUUUCUACGAGACAUUUGUUUGUGAAAAGACCAAGGCUGGACAGGUACAGAACACGGAUCCUCCACUUACGUCCAAUGAUAGAUAGUGAUUGCCAUGAAUUCAUUAUUCUCGCUGCUAUAAUUACGUCCAUAUUCUAGUAACAUCUAGAGGUGCUACAAUAGGUUACAAUAUAUGCCCAGGAAUACCACAUGUAUGCAAAUGGUGAUAAAGCAUUAUGAUGAGUACUGCAGUCCUCUGGGGUCUACUUGGGUGGCGGCUGAUGAGAUAAUCUAUCAUGGCAGCACAAGGCAGGUGACAGUAGCUGUCACACAUCAAAGGCAUGUUUAAAUAGGUGCCCACCCUACGUCUGCUCCUCUACUCCCUCGCCUUUCAUCCCUCCGUCAUCCCUCUGUCAUUAUUCAUAAUCAUAAUUUCACUGAGGUGUUUGUGUUUGCUGCGCUCCUGUUUACCACGCAAGGUCCCUUGAGAGGACUCAAUAAAAUCAUCCACAAUAGAUCUUCCACAAUGGUUAUUUAUUUAUGCCAUCGAUUAAAUAAACAAAUCAAUCUGUUUGGUCUAUAUAGAUGGUCUAUAUCCUAGAAGUUUAGCCUCCAAUUUGUCCUCCAAUGUCACAAGCCUGGGGAACCAAAGAGCACCUUACCAUAUGAACUGUUAUUACUAAUCAGAGAACACAGAUUAUUAUUUGUUUUCAUCAAUUUGUUUGUUUAUCCCGUUAACAGAAGAUCCAGACGGUGAGUGCUGUGGAUGUGGAUGACCCAGUGGGUGGACACAAGUUCUUUUUCAGUCUGGCUAUGGAGGGGGCUUACAGAGGCAACUUCACAGUCAAAGACAAUGGAGGUGAGUACUGUACUGUAGGAUAUUUUGGGGUCUCUAUCACACCAGUAAUAGCCUGAUAUUAUAGUGAAUUAGUUAUAAUACCUAGUCGCAUACAUGUUUACGGCACCUUAUGGUUAAUCUAAUGAACCAGGCUGGAAGACAGUAAAGCAUGUGAUGAACAAAGGAACAUACUUUCAGUUCUUCAGUCGGUGUUUAAACAAUCACCCAUGCUGACUACAUAUAAUAGCCAUAACAUACUGUAUAUAUUAUAAUGUGGCUGUUACAUCAGUCUUUAACAUGUACGUUAAAUGUAUGUUUUUUCCCUCUCUAGAUAACACAGCUGGGGUCCUAACCCGGCGCUCCAGCUACAGCCAACUGCACAAGAGCGUCUACCUGGUUCCUGUGGUGAUCACGGACGGGGACUUCCCCAUUCAGAGCAGCACGGAGACGCUGACGGUGCGCGUGUGCACCUGCGACCGCGAGGGCAACAUGGAGCUGUGCAACGCCGAGGCCCAGACCAGCUCAGCUGGACUCAGCACCGGGGCCCUGGUGGCUAUCCUGCUGUGUGUCAUCAUCCUCCUCAGUGAGUAUAGCUUGUCUGUGUGUCUGUCCGUCCAUCAGUGUCUGUCCGUCCAUCAGUCUCUGACCCAUCUCCAUCUCCAACUUAGUCAUUCAUAUUAUUGUGUGGAAACUGUAUGGAAAAUAUGUAUUUAAUAAGAAAUUCCACAGGUUAUAGUGUAGUUCAAUUUGCCCCUUCUGUAUAUUACCUGAAGGCACACAACACACACACACACACACACACACAGGCGCAUCUAAGAAAAGCCCUACAUUUCCCAGUAGAUAGCCUAUUUCACUCUUGGCUGUCUACAGUAAAAGUGUUUAUAUAGAGAGGAUCAAAACAAGUCUGAGGGGAUUGAGAUUGUGGACAAGAUAGUAAUUCAACAGGACUGGCAGUAAAAUUAACCUCUUAUACACCAGGAGUUACUUUAAUAAAAUAUGUCAUGCAAUUACCCCAAUAUAUAUUACGUCAGCACCGUUAACUACAUAUAAUGGGAAUACAUUUAUUAAAAGGUGCAAUAUGCAGAAAUCCCUCCAACAUUUCCUAGUUUCUAAAAUACUAAUAGUUCGCCUAAUUUCAGUUUAUGUGCCAAAAUAAGCAAAUUAUAGUGUAGAGAAUCAUUGUACCAUCUAAACCGCUCUGAAAUAUAUUUACAAUAAACAAAAAUAUUGUAUUUUCAGCUGUUUGAAGCUGGUGUACAAAACCAAAAGUAAAAGAAUGGGAAGCAUAGAAAUAGCUGUCACGUACGUUAAGGAACGGGAUGGACCAAGGUGCAGCGUGAACGGCGAACAUGUUUAUUAACUAAUAAACACACGAAACAGUAACCAAAACAACAAACUUAACCGUGACGGUCCAAAGGCUAACACACAAGCCUAAACAUGAACAUAACAAAAUCCCACAAUGCAGGCAGGAAAACUGGCUGCCUAAGUAUGAUCCCCAAUCAGAGACAACGAGCGACAGCUGCCUCUGAUUGGGAACCACACCCGGCCAAACAUAGAAAUACAAAACCUAGAAUAUAUUCACACCCUGACCAAACUAGCUAGAGUUCUAUAGGCCAGGGCGUGACAAUAGCACACAUAGAACAGAUCUACCACUUCUUAGACUUACAUUCAAUGAGUGACAGAUCUAUAACUCCCAUUUCCGUGAAUUUGGUCGGGUCGCCCAAAAAGUUACAUAUUGUAGCUUUAAACGUGGCACCAUUCUUGGUUAUUUAUAACUUAGUAGUUGCAAUCUCAUUGCGAUGUUGGAAUUGAAACAUUUUUCAGCAUCUCUACUGCAGUCGUUUCUAAAUUGUUACUGGGCUGUGGAUGCAUGAAGCAGGUCGUGUUCUAAUGCAGUGUUCACUGCAGCAUGAGCAGCGAGAUAAUAUGAAAUCAACCAGCCCUGAACAGCAAACCUCUCUCUAGCGCUGACUCUCUCUCUCCGACUCUCUCUAUCCCCAUCUCUCUCUCUCCCUCUCUCUCUGUGUCCAUCUGUCUCGCUCUCCCUGUCUGUCUCUCUCGCCCUGUUUGUCUCUCAGUGAUCAUAGUGCUGUUUGCUGCUCUAAAGAGACAGAAGAAGAAGGAGCCUCUGAUCAUCUCUAAAGAGGAUGUGCGAGACAACGUGGUCAGCUACAAUGACGAGGGGGGUGGAGAGGAGGACACCCAGGCUUUCGACAUCGGGGCUCUGCGUAACCCAGAGGCCAUCGAGGAUAGCAAGCAGAGGCGGGACAUCAUCCCUUCGGACACUCUGUACCCCCCUAUCAGACGGACAGCCAUCCCGUCGCGGGACAACGAAGACGUACGGGACUUCAUAAACCAGCGGGUGCAGGAUAACGACAGUAACCCCACUGCCCCCCCUUAUGACUCUCUGGCCACAUAUGCCUAUGAGGGAACCAGCUCAGUGGCAGAGUCUCUCAGCUCCCUGGGGUCAGCUUCCUCUGAAGGGGACCAGGACUACAACUACCUCAGUGACUGGGGGCCCCGCUUUAGGAAACUGGCUGACAUGUAUGGGGCUGAGGACAGCGACCGUGAAUCCUAA